AUGACUGUUCUUGAUGUCAAGAUGGAUCUCACACGGAAGGCACGAAUAUGUGCUAGAGGGGACCAAACGGAUCCUCCAAUGUCUGCCACCUAUGCAAGUGUUGUGACAAGGGAAAGUAUUCGACUUGCUUUUGUUAUUGCUGCUUUGAAUGGUUUGAAUGUUUUGAGUGCUGACGUCUCCGGUGCAUAUCUGAAUGCCAAAUGUGCCGAGAAAGUUUAUUGUAUUUUAGGGAAGGAGUUUGGAGAAUAUGCCGGGAAGAAAGCUAUCCUGGUUAAGGCCGUUUACGGACUCAAAAGUUCCGGGUUCGCAUGGAGGAGCCUCUGUGCAGACGUUUUGAAGGAACAAUUGGAGUUCCAACCAUGUCGUGGAGAUAUGGACGUUUGGCGUCGUCCUUGUCAACACAAAGAUGGCUCGAAGUAUUAUGAGUAUAUUUUAGUUUAUACUGAUGAUGUCAUUGCAAUCUCGGAGAAUCCAAAAGCGAUUAUGGAAAAACUCAACAAUUUCUUUGUUUUAAAGCCUGACUCGAUAAAAGAGCCAACAACGUAUCUUGGUGCAACAAUAUCGAAGCAUAAGUUGGAUGGUGAUGAUUAUUUCACCUGGGCUAUUGGAUCUGAAGCUUACCUACAAGAGUUGUUAAGAGUUGUCAAGAAGCCAAUUGUGCCAAUGCAACGGACUUUGAAGAAAAAUGUUUACUCAACUUCACCCACUGGAUACAAGCCGGAACUUGAUUCUACUCCUUUUGUCGAUGAUGAUACUGCUAUUUUCUACAUGCAACUCAUCGGUAUUCUGCGCUGGCUUGUGGAACUUGGUUGUAUCGAUGUCGCCGCCGAAGUGUCUAUGCUCUUGUCUUACAAUGCAAUGCCUCGUGAAGAUCACUUUCAUGCUGCCUUACAUACUUUUGCCUAUUUACAGAAGCACCCUGAUCGUGUACUUGUGAUGGAUUGUGGUUAUGCUGAUCAUCUGAGACCAUUGAAGAAAGCUGACUACUCACAGUUCUAUGAAUUCACUAAGGAUGAACUCCCAAGUGACAUGCCUACACCUCUUUGCAAAGCGGUAGAGUUUACUAUGUUUGUUGAUGCAUCUCAUGCUGCUAACGUUGUUACUCGUCAAUCAAGAACAGGAGUAUUGAUCUUUGUUAACAAAGCUCCUAUGAUCUGGUAUUCGAAAAAGCAAAACAGUGUUGAGACAAGCAGUUUUGGAUCUGAAUUUGCUGCUCUAAAGACAGGUGUUAAAUUAUUUGAGGGACUACAAUUCAAGCUCAGAAUGAUGGGCGUCCCAAUCCAAGGUUAUUGUCAUACUUGUGUCGAAAAUAUGUCCAUUGUCAAUAACUCAAGUGUUCCUGAAUCUCAAUUGAAGAAGAAAUCGAACGCUGUCGCAUAUCACUACGUUCGCUCCAAAUGCGCGAUUGAUAUCCUACGCAUUGAAUGGAUCAUUUCUGCUGAGAACUUGGCCGAUGUUUUAACCAAGAUCCAACCUGGAACCGUUCGUGACCGUCUUCUGGAACAAAUCAUGUGGAAAGCAAAGCAAAAUGGAAAACUUGCUCUUUUGAUUUAA